AUGGAAAGCGAGGCGGCGGCGGCGGCCGAGGCGGUGGCGCGGAUACGGCUGGUGCGGUGCCCCAAGUGCGACAAGUUCUUGCCGGAGCUGCCCGCCUACUCCGUCUACGUCUGCGGCGGAUGCGGCGCCACUCUCCAAGCAAAGAAGAAGAAUUCAGCCCAAUCUUCACAUGAUGCUGACGAUGGAAAUGUGAAAUACCUUGAAGUACUGGAGCGUGUUCCAGAGGCAUCUGCAAGAAAACAUGGAGCUAGUACUACUGAUAGGUCAGAAACCAGUAAAAUGGCAGAUGUACAUAGCAAAUCAGUUUAUGGCCAUCACGAUAGCAUUCAGACAGGGCCAAGUCCCUCAAAUCUGAACACUUCUAUUAGAGAUGAUGGCAAGGAGGCAAAGUACCGACACAUUCGUUAUUGGGAGAAUGGUGAAAUGGGGCAAUCAUUGAGACUAAGAGACAUGUCCCCAAAGUUUCCAGCCAAUGCUUAUCGGGGUGAGUGCCAUUCGAAGCAGAGAUACAAUUAUUCUACUAAGGAAUGCCCAGGUGAAAGAAACUUGGAUGGUCCAAGCAGAGUCAGGGGGCUUGAGAAAGACCGGGCUGAGAUCUUAAGGAGGCUUGAUGAGUUGAGAGACCAGGUACAGCAAUCUUGCGAUGCAACUAAUGGGCCAAGUGGAAGUGCCCCAACUACUACAGCAGCAGAUUCCCACAUUUCAUAUGGUACUUCUGACUGGUUGAGUCAAUUGAGGCAUGUUGCACCACAAUUUCAUCAGAAUGGUUCACACCCCACCCCACCCUUGAAUGUACGAAGUCCUAGCGUUCCUCGCGUUUAUGCUCGGCUGCCUGCACAACAAGAUUGUGUCGGAUAUGCAGAGCCCAUUUCACACGCUAGAGGCUCUAGCUAUCCUGCCAGCCUCUAUCCAUGGAGAAAUUUUGAUAAUUAUUUCUUUGGACAGCAUGAUCCUGAUUCUCUUCUCUCUUGCCGCCAUGAUGGCUUCUAUCACCAAGCUGCCUGUUCUUGCUUGCAUUGUUGCCACCAAGAAUUCUUGCCUAUACAGGGAAAUCACAUGGGCUUCAAUGAUCAAAGGGCACCAUAUCUUCUGAACAGUUAUGGGGCUUAUCCUGUGAACAGUCCCUUACCUGGUCAGCAAAGAUACAGUAGAAGAGGCAUCAAUACUACCUUGCAGCAGAAUCACAUGAGGGUCAACGUUAGCAAGAAGCCUGCACAGACUUGUGAGCCGGUCGCAGGUGGUGCCCCUUUCACCAUAUGCUGCAAUUGCUACGAAGUUCUGCAGAUACCAAGGAAACAGUCCCUGUCAGGAAACGAGUACAAAUUGCGUUGUGGAUCAUGCUCACAUGCAAUUCUAGUCAAGCUUGAUGGAAACGGGCUCAGUGUAUCAGAAAUUGCACUAAGUACACCUUUAUCUGACAGACAGGAAAAUGACAUGGGAACCGAUGGGCAAACUCCAGACAAUAGGUCCAUUCCAGCUUAUCGUUUUUCUGUUGGAAGUCCUGCAUCUCAAGAAAAAGAUCUGCAUUCAAAUUUGAGUGAGUCAGAGAACAACCAUACCCCUCUAGCAACUGACUCAGAGGGCACCUACCAUUCCAGGGAUCUUCCUCCUGAAGACAGUGCAGUUUCCCAUGUACCAAACUUACCACAUCGCAGUCAUUCUGGAUCAUCUCCAUCAGAACAUUCUGGGGUGGGAAGUAGAAGUACGCAUUCUGAACCUGAAAAAGUUAUACUAUUAACUGAAAGUUCCAAGCAGAACUCAGUUAAAGGUAUAUGUGUAUCAAACAAGAUGCAAUCUCCAAACAAUGAGUUUGAUGUUCCUGAAUACACAGAUGAUACAUUAAAUGCGCAGCAAGAUACUGAGCACCCUAGAGCAACAAAGUCCAGCGAUUCUUUUCUCACUAAUCUGAUAAAAAGGAGCUUCAAAAUUAAUAAUGGAAUGCGCAACGGAAGAGCAAGGGUUUAUGUAAAUGGCUUUCCUAUCUCUGAUAGUGCGGUCAGGAAGGCUGAGAAGCUAGCUGGAUCAAUCUGCCCUGGAAACUAUUGGUAUGACUACCAUGCUGGCUUCUGGGGUGUUAUGGGACGUCCCUGCCUUGGCAUGAUACCACCUUAUAUUCCAGAGUUUAAUUUUCCCAUGCCUAAGAACUGUGCUGGCGGAAACACAGGCGUAUUUGUUAAUGGAAGAGAACUUCACCAGAAGGAUUUGGAUUUACUUGUCACUAGAGGACUCUCUGAUUCCCCUGGUAGAUCUUAUGUAGUUGAAAAUUCUGGAAAGGUUUCAGAUGAAGUAUCUGGUGAAGAGCUUUAUGGCCUUGGAAAGCUUGCACCAACAGUUGAGAAAAUGGGGCGUGGAUUUGGCAUGCGCGUCCCAAGAUUCAUCCAUUGA